AGCCGUGACGGGGCGAGGAAGGGCGGCCUCUUCCCCCCGCGCGCUUCCGGCUUUCCUCAGCGGAGGAUGAGGCGCGCGGGAAGGCCCGGCCGAGGCGGGCAUGAGGAUUUUCAGGCAAUUAAAUGGCUUCUUUGCUAGACUCCCGAAAACAAAACUUUUUGGAAUGACGGCAUCGAAUACAUCACUUCCACCUGUCUCGGCGCUUUGGGGACGGUCUUUUGAUCAGCUGCCCGGAUGUCUCUCAGCAGCUCAGAGGAAGAAUUUCUUCAUGCUGGAGAUGCUGGACAGUCCAGCAGACUUUGACCUGUUCAUGCCUCAUCCCAGAGUACGUGGAAUGACCACCUUGGACCGAGCUGCUUUCACAAAGGAGGUUGUUGUCCCAGCGCUCAAGGUCAAGAAAGACAUCCUCAACAAAGUGGUGAAGUCUAUCAAAGGUGUCCUCCUCCAGCGACCAGGUCUAAAGAGAGUCCUUGACGAUCCAGAAGAUGAAAGCAAAAGGUUAAUUUUGUUGGAUCCUCGUAAAAUUCCUGCCAGCUAUUCACUGGGUGAAGCGGAGCAAGAGGUCUUGAAGAGCUUCGAUGUCAGCCCCGAGAUUCUCAAGUAUAACCUGGAACUCGCCUAUGAUAACUUCAAGGUGGAAGAAGUUCUACAAGCCGUUCUUCCGGAAGGUCAGGAAGUGACCACUUCAUUCAGCAGGGUUGGUCAUAUAGCUCAUAUGAAUCUGAGAGACCAUCAGCUGCCCUACAAAUAUUUAAUCGGCCAAGUUAUCGUUGACAAGAAUCCAGGGCUGACCUGCGCCGUAAAUAAAAUCAACAUCAUCGACAGUGCCUAUCGAAACUUUAAAAUGGAGGUGCUCGCCGGUGAGGAAGCCAAUAUGAUAACCAAGGUUAAGGAAAAUUACAUCACGUACGAAUUUGAUUUUUCCAAAGUCUACUGGAACCCCCGCCUCUCCACGGAACACGAGCGCAUCAUCGACCUCUUAAAGCCGGGAGACUUCCUCUUCGACGUCUUCGCAGGGGUGGGGCCUUUUGCCAUCCCCGCGGCGAAGAGGAAGAAGUGCGUGGUGUUCGCAAACGACCUCAACCCCGAUUCCUACAAGUGGCUGCAGCACAACUGCAAGUUAAACAAGGUAGACCAGAAAGUCCAAGUCUUCAACAUGGACGGCCGGGACUUCUUGGAGGGGCCGGUGAAGGAAGCCCUAACUCAGCAGCUCUCCUCGAAGGACCGGAAGCACGCCUUGCACAUCGUCAUGAACUUGCCGGCCAUGGCCAUUGAGUUCCUGGACGUUUUCAGGAACCUCUUGGACGGAGAGCCAAGCAGCUCUGACCUUCCCACGGUGCACUGCUAUAGUUUCUCGAAGCAGGAUGAACCGGCGCGAGAUGUGCGGGAACGAGCAGAAGCCCGCUUGGGGACUUCCUUAGAGGGCCGCUGUUCCGUGGAGCUGGUGAGGAACGUGGCACCCAAUAAGGAAAUGAUGCGCAUUAGCUUCCGCCUCCCAGCUGAGUUGUUGUACAAGGAGCAGCCUUCCUAUGCAGGUGCAGAGAACCCCCAAGAACCAGCCUCCAAACGCCUGCGCCCAAGCGAAGAGCCCCCAGAACAAACAGAGAAAGAGCCCACAGGAGUUUCAACACGUUAAAAGACAGCCAAGUGGAACAAGCAGGUUUCCUUGUAAGAAAAGCUAACACUUGUCUUUGAAAGCAUCACGCUGCAGCAGGGGUGGAAUUCUAGCAGCCACUCGCUCCUUUGCAUAUUAGGCCACAUCCCCCUGAUGUAGCCAAUCCUCCAAGAGCUUACAAAAAAGAGCUUUGUAAGCUCUUGGAGGAUUGGUUACAUCAGAGGUGUGUGGCCUAAUAUGCAAAGGAGCUCCUGCUAGAAUUCCACCCCUGCGCUGCAGAAUAUCUUUAUUUCUUCCCCCAGUUCCAUGACAGACGGUUGGAGGGGUCCAUUUCUUUUACUUAAAAAAAUUAAAAUUUUAUUUUCCCAUGCCA